GGGUCCUGAACAUGCAUGAUCACGUAGCGGCUUUGACUAAAGCAGCUCCACCAUUGCGGCCCGGAGCUCGCCGAUGGUCGUCGUUGCACAACGCCAAGUUAUCGCCCACGGCCGGCCAAGCCCCACCAUCAGGCCCUCCCAAGGCCGAUCCCGCAGGCACAGAGCCGGUGGCCGUUCGAGUCGUGUGCGCCGUGAGCCUUUGGGACCGCAGGAGAGACCGUGAUUAUUCCCUCUCUGUGACUUGAACAGUACCGACACCUCUAGACCACGAUACUUUGAGCACAGCAACAACCCUUCCUCUCACAGUAGUGCAUUGAAGCUACCAAGAAGACAGUAUGGACCAGAUCGAGUAUCGGCUGGAGGACGUCAAGGCGACGCGGAUAGCGUCCGAUGACAUUGACAAGACCUUCCGGUCGAGCACCAUCGAUCUCAUCUCGGGCACGCUCGGUGGUAAGAUCCUGGGCUUCUCCGAUGAGUGGUUCGCUGAGGCCGCGAACUUGGUGACUCCUACGCCACCUAUCCGGCAGCCAGGCAAGAUGGUUUACACUGGUGCCUGGUACGACGGCUGGGAGACAAGGAGGCACAAUUCCGAGCCAUUCGACUGGGUUGUGAUCCGUCUCGGUGUUGCCUCUGGCACCGUCGAGGGAGUUGAGGUCGACACUGCCUUCUUCAGCGGCAAUCAUGCGCCGGCCAUCUCCGUCGAAGGCUACUUUGGCUCUGAUGAUGACGAGGUCUUGUCAUGGAAGGGUGGUAAGGGAAAGUGGGAGACGAUCUUGGGCAUCCAGGAGUGCGGCCCAUCGCAGCGUUUCGGAUGGAAGCUCAACGAGCCGACCAAGAAGCAGUACACUCACGUCCGGCUCAACAUGUAUCCCGAUGGAGGCAUUGCCAGAUUCCGCCUGUUUGGACACGCCGUGCCCGUGUUCCCACAGGACGUCAACGCAGUCUUCGAUCUGGCGGCGGCUCAGAAUGGUGCGGUUGCGGUGUCUUGCAGCGACCAGCAUUUCGGUACCAAGGACAACCUGAUUCUUCCCGGGCGUGGCAAGGACAUGGGCGAUGGAUGGGAGACGGCGAGAUCGCGAGGCAAGGGACAUGUCGACUGGGCCAUAAUUCGUCUGGGAGCCCCAGCGUUCAUCCAGAGCUUCAUUUGGAAGGGUGAGGGCGAACCUCCGGCGGAUGCUGAAGGCUGGGUGGAGGUGCUCGAGCCAAGCAAGUGUGGUCCGGAUGCGGAGCACCCUUUCCCGAGCUCGGUGACCGACAAGGGGUUCACGCACGUCAAAUUGACCAUCAUCCCAGACGGCGGUGUCAAGCGCCUUCGGGUGCUUGCGAAAAGAGCUCAUGGUGCCUCGACUGAAUCCCACGGACGGCUUGUGAACGUCGCCUCACUCCCCUCCCGCACCAUGGACUACAGCGACAUUGAUAGCGGGGGCUUCGGCGGGGACGAUGGUUCCCCAAAGGAGCAGAAGCCAAGGGCCCUGCCGGACGACCUGCCCAAGUCGCUGGAUGAUCGCAGGAGGAUGCCAACAGAUCUCGUCCAGGAGACGGAGCUGUACGAUGGCUGGCAAGGACAAUCGCAAUUCCUCACAAGUCCGAUUGCUGCGAAACCAUUACAGUUCGACAAUCUCACUCUCGACGACCCAGACUACGACGAAGAUUUGACCUCCCGACGUAUGCCAGACAGCGACCAACGGCUGAUGGAAAUGCUGGCAGCUCAAGCACAGCACCAAGGCACCGCCGAGAUGUUCGAGGAUGCCGAGGCCGUCGCCAACGAUGAGAAGAUGCCCGAGGAAGAAAAGAAGAAGAUGCUGCAGAAGGCUUUCAUCAUGGCUGCGAGCAAUGGCGAUCUGGACCAGGUCAAGAAGAUUCUGGGAACCAAGGCCAAGGCGUUUGUCGACAUCAACGGGCCAGAUGAAGAUGGAACGCCGCCCCUGGUGUAUGCCAGCUGCUUCGGCCACGAAAAUGUCGUACAGGCCUUGGUGGAUGCAGGCGUCGACGUGGACAAGCAGGAUAGGAACCACUGGAGUGCGCUGAUGUGGGCCAUGACGAACCGGCACAAAGGCAUAGCAAAAGUCCUGCUAGACAACGGAGCAUCACCAGACGCCAAGACUUCCUCCGGCCGGACAGCGUUUGACUUUGUAGCACCGGACAGCGAGAUGUCAUUCUACCUACAUGACAAUGGCUAUGCGAUCGGCAGCGCGGGUGUCACUGACGACUUCUAUAACCCUGGAUUUUCUCAAGAUAGGUUUGAGGAGGAAAUGGCCGAGAACGAGAUCCGACGUCGCAUGAUGAUGGAAAGUGCGCGGGAUCUCGAGGUCGAUCUCGGCAAUGUCGGCAUCGACGACCAACCAGAGCCUGUCGAUGAAUUUGACGAAGAGGAGCAACAAGAAUUCGACUGGACGCGGUGUCUUCAUGACCAAAUGUUUGAAAGCGAGCUCCCACGGAUAUUGGACGUCAUCAUCACCAAUAUGCAACCACAAAGGUCGCCUUCUCAAAAGCCCGUUCCAGCAAACAUGAUAUUCCUGAGCGCUCGAUAUGCACAUUAUCACUCCAGCCGCGAGCUACUCAACAAGCUAUUAACCUCGGCCCUGGACAGAAUGGCCGACUGGGACAUGACGAUCCUGGCGUUCUGGAUGUCGAACGCUACCUUGCUGCUUCACUACCUGAAGAAGGACACCGGGCUGCUUGAACUGGCGGAGCUUAUCAACGAAAUCUUCAUCCUGGUCGUCCGCGAUGCGGAACGGCGACUCGAUAAAGUGCUCGACGCGGCAAUGCUUGAGCACGAGACAAUCCCGGGGCUGGAUGAUCAUGAAUGGAAACUCUUCAAGAGGAAAAAGGAGGUCGCUGAGGAGCCGCUCGAGAAGCGCUUUCGGCCCCCGUCACCCAAGCGACGUGCGAAACCUGCUCCACGAAACGUCACCUCGCUAUUAUCAUCAACGCUAUUCGUGCUCGACUUGUAUGAUAUCCAUUCCUACAUCACGUCGCAGAUAAUAUCGCAACUCUUGUACUGGCUCGGAGCGGAGCUGUUCAACCGCAUCAUAAACAAUCGGAAGACGAAAGCCAUGCAAAUCAGGAUGAACGUCUCCGUGCUGGAAGAGACGAACAAUCGAAAGCCGGAGCACUUUGAAAGGGGAGAAAUGAACGCGACAGGGGAGACGACCAUAGACGCAGCACCCCCACUGCUGCAGUGGCUGCAGGUCUUUUCCUCUCUCGAUCCAGACGACAUGGGAGCACUUCAGCUCAAGCGUCUUAUCUUUGCGGCAAAAAACUAUCGGCCGGAAGUGGGGGAGAAGGGACUGCCGAAGAGUGCUUUGAAAUAUCUCAAGGGUCUGGAGCAGGAGGUCGCCACAAGAAGGGAUCGGAGGAGGGAGGCUUCUCCUAUGCCUGAUAGCACCCCCGCGACGCCGAUCAAGAAAAGCCAGAGCAGCACACCAGGUGGCGGCGCAGCUAAUGCGCAGGAAGACGACGAGGACCUGCCGGUCGGGAUCAACCACGACCCUGCAGUCAUGCUGCCGUUCUCGCUGCCUUCGGUCACGGACAUGCUCGUCUCAUAUGGUGCCGGCUUUGGCGGCGUCAACAGGGAGAGGGAGCGUAAGUACAUCCCCACCAUCCCGCCGGAGUUUUUGGACAAGCUCGAGCUGGGCGGUGGCAACAACAACCACAAGCCAAUGUUCCAAGAAAAGGACUGGGAGAAUGAGGAGGUGUGAGACGGCCCGGCGCCACUCGCGCCUGGACUCGGCAGACUGAAAAGGGAGGGCGCCAAGGCGGGGCCAUUGCAUAGAGGCCGCCAUGACCCUCCUGAUGACUUUUUGCCGGUUCGUUCCUAUUUCUGCGCGUUCGAAGAACCAGUUCGGCACUUUUGUUUUAAUGACCAUGUCGAGUCUGGGUUGCCAUCCGCCAUGGCAGGGCAUUGGAGUGACACGCAGAUUGAGACGACUCGAGGGGGCAAAUCGGAUGAGGGAAAGACGCAUGUUUGCAUCAUGGCGGGAUUCAGUUUAUAGCAACAUAGCGGUGUGGGACGGAUCGCCACAAUCUGGGCGCCGUUGCUAGAUAGAGCUGAGCAGAUAUCCGAGCGUUCAAGUAACACUGCAUUCCAACCUCAAGCAG